AUGUCAAGCCAAAAAAGUAGAGUCACAUUUGUAAAGAGAGCACCAUCAAAAAGUCAUGCAGCUAAAAAGUUUUUAAGAAAUAAAGAAGCAAAAGAAGUUGAAGUUGUUAAACAAGCUAUGUUUAUUAGAGGUCAAAAAUCAUCAGAUGUUAUUCAAAAAUUACAAAAAGAAUUAUUUAUGUUAAAAAAACCAGAAGCUAUUCAAUAUAAUAAAAAAAAUGCAUUCCAUCCAAUGGAAUCAGCAGAAUCAAUCGAAUUUUUAGGAGAAAAAUCAAAUUCAUCAUUAUUUACAUUUGGAACCUCAUCAAAAAAAAGACCAAAUAAUUUAAUCAUGGGUAGAUUAUUUGAUAAUACAGUUUUAGAUAUGUUUGAAUUGGGUAUUGAAAAUUUUAAAUCAAUUACACAAUUUGGAUCAGAUGGUGGUGCUGUUGGUAAUAAACCAAUGUUUAUUUUUAGUGGGGAUGAUUUUGAAAAAAAUGAAGACACAAAGAAACUUGGCAAUUUAUUUUUAGAUUUUUUUAGAGGUCGUUUAGUCGAAUAUAUCAAUUUAACAGGUUUAGAUCAUGUUAUAGUUUUAACUGCAGUCGAUGGUAAAAUUUUUUUCCGUCAUUAUACAACAGUUUUUAGCCCAUCAGGUAGCAAGAUUCCAAAAGUUAAUUUAAAAGAAGUUGGCCCAUCUUUUGAUAUGUCAAUUCGUAGAACUAAAUUAGCCUCAGCUGAUAUCUUAAAACAAGCUCUUAGACAACCAAGUUCUCAAAUCGUUAAAUCUAAGAAGAAUAUUUCAACUGAUGAACUCGGUCAAACACAUGGUGUUAUUCAUCAAGGUAGACAAAACUUUAAUGAAAUUGCUAUUCGUAAGACUAGAGCUUUAAAAGGUAAUAAAAAACCAACAACUUUAGAAAAUUCUGCAACCGGUGUUGAUAUUUAA